CACGGCGAUAGGUGUGCGUAGCCGCUCGGUUUGGUGCAGCCCUGUUCCCCGCGGCGAAUGGUACGGCCCGGGCCCCUCAGCCGCCCGCUUCCCGCAGCAGGUCUGAGUGGGUCGCACCCCCGGUGCGGACGCGGAACUGGCGCCUGCUCGCCGUGGCGCCGAGCUCGGAAGCCGGGAGGCGGCAGGCGGGCCCGACAGGUUCUUCUGAGCUGGGAGGUAGGGGAGCGCGCGCCGUGGGGAGCCCUGCGUGGGGCUUUGAGAGGAACCGGCGGCUACCGGAGGAACGGGUCUGUGAGGCGGCCCUGAAGGAGCGAGCGAGGGGGCGUGGAGCCUGCGGAGAAAGUGCCGCGGGGUCCAGAUUAUAUCAGAAUUCCUCCUGGGAACGCUGACUUCUCGCCCAGUGCCCCGAAGUUUCUCUGCAAUGAACUGAUAAAUUGGAACCAUGGUGCAAAAGAAGUUCUGCCCUCGAUUACUUGAUUAUCUAGUGAUCGUAGGGGCAAGACACCCAAGCAGCGACAGUGUGGCUCAGACACCCGAACUGCUGCGGCGGUACCCAUUAGAGGAUCACCCUGAGUUUCCCCUGCCCCCAGAUGUGGUGUUCUUCUGCCAGCCUGAGGGAUGUCUGAGCGUGCGGCAGCGACGCAUGAGCCUUCGCGAUGACACCUCUUUUGUCUUCACUCUGACUGACAAGGACACUGGAGUCACCCGUUAUGGCAUCUGUGUUAACUUCUACCGCUCCUUCCAGAAGCGAGUGCCCAAGGAAAAGGCCGAAGCUAGAGCAGGACCCCGUGGGAAGGAGGCUGGCACUCAGAGCUCAGAGAGUGGCUCAGCCUUGCAGCCUCCUAGUGCUGACUCCACUCCUGACGUGAACCAGUCUCCUCGGGGCAAACGCCGUGCAAAAGUGGGCAGCCGCUCCCGCAACAGUACCCUGACAUCCCUGUGUGUGCUCAGCCACUAUCCUUUCUUCUCGACCUUCAGAGAGUGUCUGUAUACUCUCAAGCGCCUGGUAGACUGCUGUAGCGAACGGUUGCUAGGCAAGAAACUGGGCAUCCCACGCGGCGUUCAGAGGGACACUAUGUGGCGAAUCUUUACUGGAUCACUGCUAGUGGAGGAAAAGUCAAGCGCCCUUCUGCAUGACCUUCGAGAGAUUGAGGCCUGGAUCUACCGGUUGCUGCGCUCGCCAGUACCUGUUUCUGGGCAGAAGCGAGUGGACGUUGAGGUCCUACCCCAGGAGCUGCAGCCAGCCCUGACGUUUGCUCUUCCAGACCCCUCUCGGUUCACCCUAGUAGACUUCCCCCUCCACCUUCCCCUGGAACUUCUGGGCGUGGACGCUUGUCUUCAGGUGCUAACCUGCAUCCUGCUGGAGCACAAGGUGGUGCUACAGUCUCGCGACUACAACGCGCUCUCCAUGUCUGUGAUGGCCUUUGUGGCAAUGAUCUACCCGCUGGAGUACAUGUUUCCCGUCAUCCCACUGCUCCCUACCUGCAUGGCGUCAGCUGAGCAGCUACUCUUGGCUCCGACCCCGUACAUCAUUGGAGUUCCUGCCAGCUUCUUCCUCUACAAGCUAGACUUCAAAAUGCCUGACGAUGUGUGGCUAGUGGAUCUGGACAGCAAUAGGGUGAUUGCCCCUACCAAUGCAGAAGUGCUACCUGUCCUGCCAGAACCGGAAUCAUUAGAGCUGAAAAAACACUUGAAGCAGGCCCUGGCCAGCAUGAGUCUCAAUACCCAGCCCAUUCUUAAUCUGGAGAAAUUCCACGAGGGCCAAGAGAUCCCACUUCUCUUGGGAAGGCCUUCUGGCGACCUUCAGGCCACGCCUUCCACCGAGUUCAAUCCACUCAUUUAUGGCAAUGAUGUCGACUCAGUAGAUGUUGCAACGAGAGUGGCCAUGGUCCGUUUCUUCAACUCUGCUAACGUGCUGCAGGGCUUUCAGAUGCACACACGUACCCUGCGACUCUUCCCCCGACCUGUGGUAGCUUUCCAAGCUGGCUCCUUUCUGGCCUCACGUCCCCGACAGACUCCCUUUGCUGAGAAACUGGCCAGGACUCAAGCUGUGGAGUACUUUGGAGAAUGGAUCCUAAACCCUUCUAACUAUGCAUUUCAGCGGAUUCACAACAAUAUGUUUGAUCCAGCCCUUAUUGGGGACAAGCCAAAGUGGUAUGCUCACCAGCUGCAGCCCAUCCAUUAUCGAGUCUACGACGGCAGUUCUCAGCUGGCUGAGGCCCUGAGUGGGCCACCGGAACGUGAUUCUGAUUCUGACCCCACCGAUGACAGUGGCAGUGACAGCAUGGAUUAUGAUGACUCGAGCUCUUCUUACUCCUCCCUUGGGGACUUCGUCAGUGAAAUGAUGAAAUGUGACAUCAAUGGAGAUACCCCCAAUGUGGAUCCUCUGACGCAUGCGGCCCUGGGAGAUGCCAGCGAAGUGCAUAUUGAUGAGCUGCAGACCCAGAAAGAGGGAGAGGAGCCCGGUCCAGACAGCGAGAGCUCUCAGGAAAAUCCCCCGCUGCGCUGGAGCCCUAGCGCUACCGUCCAUGGUGCCCACUCUGAACAUGCUGAUUCUACAGAGAUGGAUGAUAAGGCAACAGCAGGCAGCUCCAAGUCCCUCACUCCUGUGCCUCCCAGCAUUUGCAAGUCUACUGUGGACAGGAGACAGACAGAGACUGAAGAGGGGUCAGUGUGCCAGCGAACCUAUGGCAAUCCAUACUUCGAGCCCCAAUAUGGCUUCCCCCCUGAGGAAGAUGAGGAGGAGGAGGGGGAAAGCUACACUCCCCGAUUCAGCCAACAUGUUGGUGGCAAUCGGGCUCAAAAGCUGCUGCGGCCCAACAGCUUGAAACUGGCAAGUGACUCAGAUGCAGAGUCAGACUCCCGAGCAAGCUCUCCCAACUCCACUGUCUCCAACAACAGCACCGAGGGCUUCGGGGGCAUCAUGUCUUUUGCUAGCAGCCUGUAUCGGAACCAUAGUACAAGCUUCAGCCUUUCAAACCUCACACUGCCCACCAAAGGUGCCCGAGAGAAGACUACACCAUUCCCCAGCCUGAAAGUAUUUGGGCUAAAUACUCUAAUGGAGAUUGUUACUGAAGCCGGCCCUGGGAGUGGUGAAGGAAACAGGAGGGCCCUGGUGGACCAGAAGUCAUCUGUCAUCAGACACAGUCCGACCGUGAAGAGAGAGCCUCCAUCACCCCAGGGCCGGUCCAGCAAUUCCAGUGAGAACCAACAGUUCCUGAAGGAAGUGGUGCACAGUGUGCUGGAUGGCCAGGGCGUGGGCUGGCUCAACAUGAAAAAGGUACGCCGGCUGCUAGAGAGCGAGCAGCUUCGAGUCUUUGUACUGAGCAAACUGAACCGUGCAGUGCAGUCCGAGGAUGAUGCCCGGCAGGAUGUCAUCCAAGAUGUGGAGAUCAGUCGGAAGGUGUACAAGGGGAUGCUAGACCUCCUCAAGUGCACGGUCCUCAGUCUUGAGCAGUCCUAUGCCCACGCAGGUCUGGGUGGCAUGGCCAGCAUCUUUGGGCUUUUGGAGAUUGCCCAGACCCACUACUAUAGUAAAGAACCAGACAAGCGAAAGAGAAGCCCAACAGAGACCCCUGUGGACAAGGAUCCUGGUCUGGCUGGGCGGGGUGACCCAAAAGCUAUGGCACAGCUAAGGGUCCCUCAGCUGGGUCCUCGGGCACCAAGUGCUACAGGGAAGGGUCCUAAGGAGCUGGACACAAGAAGUCUAAAAGAAGAGAAUUUUGUAGCGUCUGUCGGGCCGGAGGUAAUCAAGCCUGUCUUUGACCUUGGUGAAACAGAGGAGAAAAAGUCCCAGAUCAGCGCAGACAGUGGUGUGAGCCUGGCAUCUGCUUCCCAGAGGACUGAUCAAGACUCUGUCAUUGGUGUGAAUCCAGCUGUUAUGAUCCGAAGCUCAAGUCAGGAUUCUGAAGUUAGCACCGUGGUGAGUAACAGUUCUGGAGAGACCCUUGGAGCAGACAGCGACCUGAGCAGCAAUGCAGGUGAUGGGCCAGAAGGAGAAGGCAGUGCCCACUUGACAAGUUCUCGGGCUACUCUGUCUGAUAGUGAAAUUGAAACCAAUUCUGCCACAAGCACCAUCUUUGGUAAAGCCCAUAGCUUGAAGCCAAAGGAGAAGUUGGCUGGCAGUCCAGUUCGCUCUUCCGAGGACGUAGGCCAGCGAGUCUAUCUCUAUGAGGGACUACUAGGCAAAGAGCGGUCCACUUUAUGGGACCAGAUGCAGUUCUGGGAAGAUGCGUUCUUAGACGCCGUGAUGUUGGAAAGAGAAGGGAUGGGCAUGGACCAAGGUCCUCAGGAAAUGAUCGACAGGUACCUGUCCCUGGGAGAACAUGACCGGAAGCGCCUGGAGGAUGAUGAAGAUCGUUUACUGGCCACACUUUUACACAACCUCAUAUCCUAUAUGCUGCUGAUGAAGGUGAACAAGAAUGACAUCAGGAAGAAAGUACGGCGCCUAAUGGGAAAGUCCCACAUUGGUCUUGUAUACAGCCAACAAAUCAAUGAGGUGCUUGAUCAGCUGACCAAUCUGAGUGGACGUGAUCUCUCCAUCCGGUCCAGUGGUAGCCGCCACAUGAAGAAGCAGACUUUUGUUGUACACGCAGGGACAGACACAAAUGGAGAUCUCUUCUUCAUGGAAGUGUGUGAUGACUGUCUGGUGUUACGUAGUAGCAUUGGCACCGUUUAUGAACGCUGGUGGUACGAGAAGCUCAUCAACAUGACCUACUGUCCCAAGACCAAGGUCCUGUGUCUGUGGCGUAGAAAUGGCUCUGAGACCCAGCUCAACAAGUUCUAUACUAAGAAGUGUCGUGAGCUGUACUACUGCGUGAAGGACAGCAUGGAGCGUGCCGCAGCCCGGCAACAAAGCAUCAAACCCGGGCCUGAACUAGGUGGUGAGUUCCCUGUGCAGGACAUGAAGACUGGCGAGGGUGGCUUGCUUCAAGUCACCCUGGAAGGGAUCAACCUCAAGUUCAUGCACAACCAGGUUUUCAUAGAGCUGAAUCACAUUAAAAAGUGCAAUACAGUUCGAGGCGUCUUUGUCCUGGAAGAAUUUGUUCCUGAAAUUAAAGAAGUGGUGAGCCACAAGUACAAGACGCCGAUGGCCCACGAGAUCUGCUACUCUGUGCUGUGUCUCUUCUCGUAUGUGGCUGCAGUUCGUAGCAGUGAAGAAGACCUCCGGACCCCACCUCGGCCUGUCUCUAGCUGAUAGAGGGGUUCCACAGCUGGCCCAGACCACGGGCCGCCCUCACUCUUGCUGUUCUUCAGCACCGAAGCUGCGGUGAUGGAGAAGGGGAUGUGUGUGUGUUCUCUGCAAGCUCCUCCCACAGUUCAGCUGGUUUUGUGUGAUGUCUGAAGUGUGUCUUUGUGUCUGUCCAUCCCAUUCCCUUCUCUUCCUCCAACACCAGACUAGCCUACUAUCCCCCUCAGGGCUCCAGAGAGGGUGUGUCUGUGGGGCCUGGAGAUGUUUGUUCUGUGAUUCCAUGUCCUUAGACCCUCCAGUUUAGGGGUCCUCUCUCCGUCUUGUGAUGUGGUACUGUAGGGUACAUGACACAGUUCCUUGGGCUCAGCCUUCCUGACCGAGGGCUGGGCGGGAGGAAAGGAGCUGAGGAAGCAGGUGUGAACCGCAGCCUUCCUACUUCCUCACAAGGUUCCUAAACUGUGGCCGCAGGUCAUGCUGCUGCCUGCUCCACCCCAGCGGCAACACGGUGUUCCUGGACUGACCCGUGUGCGGAGUUGGGAUCUUUGCAGUGAUCUUCCUGGCCUUUGGCACAAGAUGACAGAGGGUGAGGGUAAUGGUCUGCCUGAGAGCCAAGCUGAGUCCAGCAUGCGUGUCUGUCUGCAGUGUGUCCUGGCUUCAGGCCCGGAGGAGGACAUGGACUCGACAGGAGAUGAAUGUAAAUAUUUCAGUUCUGCAUUAUUUAUAGAAAGUGUACAGCUGUGUGAUGUGAAGUAAAUGUCUCUAACUCUGCUAGCACCCCCUGGCUGCCGUGCACUAAAUGAUGCCUUCUCUCAGCUAAGGCCUGAGGAGGGCCGUCCCCAGUUCACCCACAUCUAGGCUCUGUCCUCCCUAGGAUGCCAGAGAGGGACACCUACCACAGGAGGGUUGUAAAGGUCUGGGGUACUCUGGCCACUGUCACAGAAAAACGCAGGUGUGUUGUGGUGUGACCUGGGACUCCUAUAGAGCCAGGACUCUGUGCUCCGGCCAAGUGUGUUUUAUGUUGAGUAGAACUCAAAGUAGUAGCCCACAUCCAACCUCCAUGGGCAGGAGACCCACCACCGUGAAGUCACUCCUAAGACCUGCUGCUCACCAGAUUUAUAAGGAAACUUGAUCUCUGCGGAGGAAGACAAUGAAGGUUGCGAUUCCCUGUGCUUGCGCUAGAUGGAGUGUGUCCCAUGUGAGACGCAUGGUCAUGAGCUGUGGACGCAAUGGGAUCCUAAUGCCACCAAGUUCAGGACUCUACCCGGAUGCUGCCACCUGGGCCACUGGGGUGACGCUCAUGCCUAUGUCUACAAAGGAAAGCCCUGUGGCCCCUGAGACUUUUACGUCCAUCCUUUCCUCAUGUGUGGGGGUGGAGGGGAGACUGAUGCCCAUUCUAGUGCUAAUUAACGUCUCCCGGAUACAGGACACUGAUUUGGAAAAUGACAUGCUGUAAAGAUCAAGCAAACGCCGGUAUGCUUUUCUGUGGCCAGGAAACAUCAGCCCUUUGACUAUGCCGAUGUUUUUAUUACCCUUACACAGUGAGCCAGGCAGAAGGGCCUGUCCCCAGCCAGCAUUUCUGAAGACCACACACUUUAUGCCCCCCCAGAUCAACACUCCUUAGGAGCUAUGAAGUCAGUUUCUGCAGAGUUCAGCAGACCUGCCUGGUACAGCUGCUGGCCAGUCCUCCCCAGCCUAGGAGGCACAUGCAUACACACACACACACACACACACACACACACACACACAUGCAAUGGCAGAAAGGGCGGCUCCUCCAACUCCCUUCUGGACUUCUGGUA